AUUGUUUACUAUAAAUCUAUUCGCUAGAGGUCGCUGUUAAAUUUUUCCAAUUAGGCUUUCAAUGCUUUUAUUAUCGUAGAACCAGUCGAGUAAGUCAAAUCAUUAUCUAAGUACAGAGGAUUUGUUUCACUCCUUCGCUUCAACAAACGCUGUCGAUCUCUCUUUAUAGCUCAUGAAUGAUUUAUUAUUGUUAUGCGUGUUUAUUAUUAUUGAACAGAGACUAUAACAUUUCUUAGACAUAGUAAUUUGUUUGUUUCGCAUAAGGCGACUUAGACAAAAAUGUGCCUGUGUUAAAUAUCGUAACCUACCAAGCGGUAAAUUGUAUGGUUAUGUUUUGUGUUUACUUUAUUCCAUGGCCUAUGUAGCUCAAGAAAUAAGUAUUGCGUGCGUGUUUAUUAUUAUGAAACAAAUAUUAUAACAUUUUCCCAGGCGUAGUAAAUUUGUUUGUUUCUCAUUAAGUGACUUAGCCGAUAGUGAGUUCGUGAGUUCGUCAUAACCUAUUUAGCCGAAAAUAUUGUACUAAAUAGCGUUUAUUUUGACGUGUAAACUUGGUAUAUUACGCAUCUGACCCACAUAGCCGAAAACGCGUUUGCAUCCGACCUAAUAGCGAAAAUGUUCGCUCAGCACGAAAUAUUUUAUCUCCGAUAACGACUCCCGCGGUGCACAGCUGCCGUGAGUGAUUCGCAACACAACAAAAAAAUUCCAAUUGACUCGUGACAAGUAUGAUCUGGUACAGAUUUGAUACACAAUAACAAAGCGGCUGGUGUCAAGUAAAAUAUAUUUCAAUGUACAGUAAAACGAAACAAUAACAAUAUAAAAAAACACCGAUACCAACAAACCAAAUUACAUACACUGAGCAGAAAACUUCAGAAAAAAAUAAAGAAAAAAACACUAUUCACAGAAUAUAACAUUAACUCUCUAACGCUAAUGUUGUAGUUUAGUAUGCCAAUCAGCGAAGCAAGAUUUGUUUGAAAGUACACAAAGGUGUACAUCACACUCGGCGCAUUUCAUUCUGCUUCGUGAAACAUGUGGUUUUUCUUCAGAACGUCUUGAUGCCAGCUGACUUUUUUUCGAACACACUGGGCACACACCCUGUCUUCCAUCAAACGAUGGAAGGUGGCGCCCACCGUUUUGCAGUCUUAGAAUGGUGCCUGACCCAGACACUCGCCAAGAAGACCUGCGGUCCCCAAUCAGGGCGUGCCACUUCAAUAAUGUAAGAAAAUACGCGCCGAUACCAUACUUUAGAACGUCUCGUCAAAUUAUAAUAUUGUCGCAUUUGGUCUGAAAGAUCCACACCCCCCAUGUGAGAGUUGUGAUCUCUGAGUUCAGGGGAGCAUGGAAUUUUCGAAGUCUGUGAUGUAGAACGGCCUCCUUUUUGCUUGACGGUUUUUGAACCAGAAUAGUCGCUGGUAUCUCCAGGGCUAUGGAUGGUUGUCAGAAAAUAAACGGCCCUGUUAUCAUCCCAUGACUCGAGUCCCCAGCCAAUCGGUCGCACCUCUCUGCAAACUUUGAAUUGAUUUUAUUACAAGUUCCUUCGGAAAGUUUCGGGAAAGAUUUUAACUUAUAUUAAGUAUUUUUGUGAUCUUACGAAUAUGUCAUCUCCCUUAGAAAUAUUGCAAUAUCUGAGAUUAAAUCCCAGAGAAUUCAAUUUAAUACUAUUAAAAUACACAUGAGGUAUAUUGGUAUAUCUAAAAUACAUUUAUAUCAUCUUGGAAAAAUUCUUUCCGAAGCAGUCGUCGCAAUUAUGCCACUCUAUAUUUUUAUUUAAUGGUGAUUUUUUCCAACACAUAAUAAUGUUUCUGUGACGUAAAGUAAUCAAUCCAUAACCAUUACAGACAUAUUUAAAAUGUGGUUGCGUCAAAAAUAUAAGAUCAUUAGUCAUUACCACCAUGGCAGUCUCCGGAAAUAAAAAUGUGUGGUAAAGUGCUUCUUUUGAUUCUUGCAUUGCUUAUUUGAAAAAUCUGAACUGUUCUUGAAACACUGACUCCAAUCGCUCUGCUGCCAUUUCUUAAAAUUUUGGGAUGUGUAGCAUGAUUAUUCACCUUUUAACUUUUAUUUGAAUUAUGGGUAAGAACCAAGUGUGAGCUUUCUGAUACUCUGUUGCGUUACUUGUACAUCAGUAUUUCCUGCAGUUAUUGCUGGUUGUCCAUGAAUUUGUAUAAUUGGUUCAUUUUAGUAGAUCAAUUGUUUGUUUUCUUUUCAUUCAAAAAUCUAUUGGAACUGCAUGUAUAUAUAUUCGAGUGUGGAACUUUUUCGUACCUCACAAAAACCUCUGCAGUUAUUUGAUAAUUAUUUUAAAUUUUUGUUGUCUUAGAUAUGCCUACACAUUGUUGUUCUGGUUUUCCACAUGUUGCCAAAUUUGACUGACAGCACAACUUUGUCAAACCAUUGUCACUCUGUGUUACAAUUUUAAGCGCCUGAACAUAUUUCAGUUGAUGAAAUCAUGAUUCAAUAUUACUGUUCGUUAGGCUUUGUGUUGUUGAUGUAAAUUGUGCAUUUUAAAUCUUAUAUCUUGUCUGAUUCCAGGUAGUCUGAUAGAACUGAUAUUUCAAUAAUAUUGAGGAGACAGGUUUGAAACAAUGAGUGAUGUCGUAACUACAAAGGACUUUCCAACGAAUAUUGACUUCUUCUCAUGUUCCAACACAAAAAAUAUGGAAAUUAAUAAGAAAGAAAAACCUCAUGCUUGCGAUAUAUGUGGCAAAAAAAUUACUAAGUCAAGUUUGAAAUACCACAUGCGAACACAUACUGGAGGAAAACCUCAUUCUUGUAAAAUAUGUGGCAAAAAAUUUACUGCGCCAAGUACUUUAAAAUACCACAUACGAAUCCAUACUGGAGAAAAACCUCAUGCUUGUGAAAUAUGUGGGAAAGAUUUUGCCUGUUUAAAUUAUAAAAAAAUACACAUGCGAACCCAUACUGAAGAAACACAUGCAUGUGAAACAUGUGGAAAAAAUUAUGCACGGUCAAGUACUUUAAAAAUGCACAUGCGAACCCAUACUGGAAAAACUCAUGCUUGUGAAAUAUGUGGAAAAAAUUUUACAAGUUUUAAUGGCUUGCAAAGACACAUUCGAACUCAUACUGGAGAAAAAUCCUGUGCUUGUGAAAUAUGUGGAAAAUUUUUUGCAAGGCUAGGUACUUUAAAAUACCACAUGCGAAUUCAUACCGGAGAAAAACCACAUGUCUGUAAAGUAUGUGGAAAAGAGUUCUCGAGGCCUGAUACUUUCAAAUACCACAUGCAAAUUCACAUAGGUGAAAAUCUACAUGUUUGUGAAAUAUGUGGAAAAGGUUUCGCCUGGCCAAACAGUUUGAAGUACCACAUACAAACCCAUAUUGGAGUAAAACCAUAUGCUUGUGAAAUAUGUGGGAAAAAUUUUGCCAGAACAAGUGAUUUGAAAAAGCACAUGCGAACCCAUACUGGAGAAAAGCCUCAUGCUUGUGAAAUAUGUGGGAAUGAUUUUUCAAGGCUUGAUGCUUUAAAAUCCCACAUGCGAACACAUAACGAAAAAAAAGGUAAAAUAUCUUGUGAAAAAUGUGGGAAAAAUUUUGCCAGUACAGAUAGUUUAAAAAAGCAUAUUAUUAGAUAUACUAGAGAAAAACCUUAUGCUUGUGAAAUAUGUGGAAAAGAUUUUGCACGGCGAAGUAAUUUGAAAGAGCACAUGCAAACACAUACUGGAGAAAAACCUCAUGGUUGUGAAAUUUGUGGGAAAAAAUUUGCCAGGAAAAGGGAUUUGGAAAAGCACAUGCAAACUCAUACUGGAGAAAAGCUUCAUGCUUGUGAAAUAUGUGGGAGAGACUUUGCCCGUAAAUGUUAUUUAAAAUACCAUACUCUAACGCAUACUGGAGAAAAACCUCAUGCUUGUAAAAUAUGUGGGAAAGGUUUUGCAAUACUUAGUAAAUUGAAAAUGCACAUGCGAACGCAUACUGGGGAAAAACCUUAUGCUUGUGAAAUAUGUGGGAAAGAUUUCCCAAAUACAAGUAACUUGAAAAUGCACAUGCGAACGCAUACUGGGGAAAAACCUCAUGUUUGUGAAAUAUGUAAGAAAGAUUUUGCUUGUAAAAGUGGUUUGAAAACACACAUGCGAAGCCAUACUGGAGAAAAACCUUAUACUUGUGAAAUAUGUGGGAAAGAUUUCUCAAUCAGAGGUAAUUUAAAAAUGCAUAUGCAAAGGCAUACUGGAGAAAAACCCCAUGCUUGUAAAAUAUGUGGGAAAGAUUUUGUCUGUAGAAGUGAUCUGGUAAUGCACGUGCGAAUUCAUACUGAAAAAAAGCCUUAUGCUUGUGAAAUAUGUGAGAAAGAUUUUGCACAGCGAAAGUCUUUGAAAAGCCACAUGCAAACACAUAUCAGUUAAAAACCUUGAGCUUGCAAAAAAACCUCAUGAUUGUGAAAUAUGUAGAAAAGAUCUUGAAAGGCCACAUUUAAACUAGUGCUGGAGGAAAACCUUGCACUCAUGAAGUCUGGAAAAUUAAUUACAUAUGAAACCAUACUUAAAAACACCUUACACUUGGUAUAAAUAUUGAAAAAAAAUUUCCAAUCGGAUCUCAUACAAGAAAAACACUUUAUAAUCGGAAAAUGGAGAGGAAUUGGAGUAUUCUUGCGAGUGAUUUCGCAAAACCAAGGAUUCUGAAAUACAACACAUGAACUGCAUACUGGAACAAAUAUUUGAAAGAUGUGAAAAAGGUUUAUCGGCCUGUUCAUAAUUUUAUCUGUUCAGAGCAUCAAAUGGUAGAUAGUUUUUAGGACCGUACUAUUUUUUUAUUAGAUUUUCUUUAACAAUAUAUGUCUGUGAAGGCUGUAGUAUUCAUUUAACGCCUUCACUUUUUUGUUCUUUUACCAUACUGUAGAUCAGGGGUCUCAAACUCGUGGCCCGUGGGCCAAUGAUAGUCUGUGGCCCCCGCCUUGGUAUUAAAGUUUAAUGUUAGUGCGGCCGGCAAGUCACUUAGCUCAGUAAGCAACGGCGUUUCCCAAACUGUGUUCCGCGGAACACUAAUGUUUCGCGAGCAUCUCCAGAGUGUUACGUGGAAAAGAAAAUCAAAAAUACAUCUAAAUUAGUCGCCAUGGCGAUCUGAGAAUCAUGAAGUUGUUGCCCAACUGACCGUUUAAAAUCGCCUCAUCGUCGGCCUAAAGUGGACUAACUAAGUCAGGGUAGUGGCAUUUUCGUUUACCGUCGGUUUUUACAGUACUUCUUUUGGUUUUGUUAAAGACACACAAGUAAGUCUUAAGAAUAAAGGCAAAAUGUCAACCGUUCUUCCUCCAUCUCUACCUGGUUUUACUUGGAAAUGCUGAAAGUUUGUCGCGCAUUUGCAACUCAUUAGGAACCGCUACAUUGCACCGUUUUUCAAUUUAACCCUUUGAUUUUUUGGUGUUCCAUGAGAAGAUAUAAAAAGUGUAAGUGUUCCGUGGCCGAAAAAAGGGAAACUCUCACGUAGGGCAAAACAAAGAAUUUUAUCAUCUAUCCCCUGAAGGAAGUAUGCGGUACGGUAACCUACCAGUAUCAUACCUGUGGGCCUGAUAUUCGAUCGCGGGACCGCCUCAAAUAAUUUGAUAACACUGUUUCAUGAUUUUUGACGUCACAAUCACUAACGCUUAAGAUUUAUUUUCAUACAUUGUAACCAUGUUUCCCAUGUGGCGAAACACCACUGUUCAUUGACUAAAUGCUUGAUUGAAACAUCAGCGCAACAGUUAUUACAAGAUGGAAUUUUAUAAUUUCGUACAUUCCUAAACGUGUCGUUGGAAGUGAAGUUUCAGUAAAUAGAAAGGUUGGUGAUGAGCAAUCUUCCCUCUAAUUUUUUAUAGUAUGUGUGCGCAAAAAUUUUGGUGUGUGCGCACUUUUUUUGGAAAUGACUAAUAUUUGUGCAAAAACCAAUGAAGAAAUUUUGGCGUUCUAACCGGG